AUGAAACAGUGUGUUUUCAACUUGCCGGUGCAACCUUCAGUCUGCGCCACUCCCACCCAAGCCGACUGCCGGGUUCGAUUCCUACACACCGAUCACGUGACUGCUGCCCAGACGCUGUCCACUGGCUGUUCUCCUACCGGAGGGUUGUUGUGCCGUGAUGCUGACCAAGCCGGCUUCGUGAGAUGCCUGGACUAUGAGGUCCGAUUCCUGUGCCCGAGUCCUAUAGACGCCCUCCCUGCGCCACAUUUUCACUGGGACAUGAGCACUAAGGCAUCGAUUGACGCAGAUGAACCUGUGACCUGUGGUGGCGCUCUCUCGUCCAUCUACCCUAAUACUGGUGGCAUGACGGGAACCGUCGGUGGCGUCCUUACUGCCACCGACAGUUUCGACUCGUCCGAUCAUCUGUGUGCCGUCAGGAACCAGAAGUCGGGCUGGGUGGAUUACGGCUCUGGAAACGACAAGUGUAUCGCGGAGCCCGCCUGCUGCACCUCGGGGUUUACCGUAACAUUCUGGAUGAAGAAUAGAACGCCCGCGAGCUUGGGUUACAUUUCUAUUAUACUUUCCGCUGGUGGUCAAUCUUCAAAGGCAAGGGGAAUGAUAUUUUAUUUAGCAGAUUACUUUUCCUUUGAUUUAAGAGGUGUUCCGUCGAAUGCGCAGGUCUGGAAACUGAAUAUCGAUGGCUACUACCCCAAUGAUCAGUGGACUCAUCAUUCCUUCACCUUCGAGCCAGCAGUCGGAACAAACUACUACAAGAACGGCACCUUUGUUGGCUCUACCAACGUAACUUUGAAUGAGGGUCCCGGUACGUCGCACUUCGACAACGUCGUCAUGUUUUCGAGAAACAACAAUCCAAGUACGUGGCCGUAUCCGAAUAUCGAUGGAGACUUCAGCAAUUUCAAAAUGUUUUACAAGAACUUUGACGAUGCAGAAGUUCAAAGUGCAUAUCUCCAAGAAACCUCAGAAUCGAAGCUGCUCAUCCACUACCUGAUGAAGCACAGUCACGAGGACAGCUUUGGAGUCGAGUUGGAGUGCCUGGCCAAGGCCGGCAGUCCGCCGGCAAUCGCUUGGCAUCGCUCGGACGACGGUACCUACUUCGAGUCGGUUUCUUCCUCGGUGGAUGUGGCCAUCUACGAGAGUUUGCCCAACAGCUACAGGAGACGAUCCGUCUUGGUGGUUCGCCAUCUCACCUUGGCAUCUAACGUCACCUUUGCGUGUGAAGCAGUCGACACUGACACCGGGGGAAGCGUGUCAAAGACGAUCACCAUUCCGAAACGUGUCAUGUACUGGACGCCUUGGUUGAACGCUGAUAGCACGGUUGAUGGUGACGACAGAGAGACGCUGAUCCAGCAUCAACAGGCACUCGACCUGCUCUGCAAGUAUCCCAGCGACAUUCAGUGCCGUACAGUUUAUGACGGCAUCUCGUCCAAUGAGACUGGGCAGAUACUGAACAUCAGCUGCGUGUUGUCGUCCGGUUUGGAGUGCCUCGGUGCUGAUCAGGGCGCCGAACAUGACAACUCAUGUUUUGACUAUGAGGUUCGCUAUCAGUGCCCUGAACCCCUCUACCGUUGGACGCCGUGGUAUGAUGCCUCGGAUCCUGAUGGAACAAUGGAAGAUGAAACGUUGGCUACUCACAUGACGCAGGCGUACCCUGAUCUGUGCAGCCAGCCCAUAGGUGCAGAGUGUCGCCUUAAGGCCACCCAACAACACCUCAUUGCCAGCGGGUACAUUCCUGAGGUUCCCUAUCUGUGCAACGCGAAUGGAUUCCGCUGUCAGCAUGCGGAUAACACCGGAUCCUGCCCGGACUUCGAAGUGCGUUACAGAUGCCCAGAUUCAACAGCUUUGAAAGGUAUCAGCGUUGACAGCCUACAGCAACGGAGUCACCACUUGGACCCAGAUCUGACAUUGACCUGUAGCGCCACCGUUGGCCACCCAACCUUAGGUCCUCUCACGCUGGAGUGGGCGUGGCUUGAUACCUCCCGCCCCUACGCUGCGGUGACCAUACCAUCAGGAGGAAUCGUCAGUAACGUUUCCAACUCCUCGCCGUCUGUAAUGACGAUCGAGAACUUCACCAGCAGCACGUACGCGAAUACCACGCUGGUCUGCAUUGCCCGAGAUGGCAUAUUCGUUGAUGCGAAGACUAUUCAAAUAACACUACCAUCGUUCUGUGAACUACCUUUGGGCGUAUCCAGUGGUAAAGUCAACGUCAUUCAAAUCACACCGUCGACCAUUAAUUCGUCGCCUUUCAAGGUUCCCGGAGUGAAUGGUCUCGAUCCGUGGGUACCAGCUGUCAGCGAUGCCACGCAGACGCUGGAUUUUGAUCUUGGUAUAGAUUUCGCGAUAACAGGUGUUGCUGUACAGGGGGAUCCUGACAGUACCCCUCCUAAUAAUCACUUACAAAGCUUCGGUCUGCGUCAGAGAGGCAAUGAGAACGAUCCUUGGGUCUCAUACACAGACGGCCUUGGAGACAGCGUUUUCACCACCAACUAUAGUGACGGCUCGACUAGUUUCACCACUCUCACCCCAAAUGUCACCACGAGGUUCCUCCGUUUUCAGCCGGGAGCCUGGACCGGUGAAAUCAUGGUGAGGGUGGAGCUCUAUGGAUGUGCUGUGGGAGCAUCUACUCUCCGGAUCCUUCAACUAACCAAGAAGUAUGACGUCAUCGCCAAUAAUGUCACCUUCACCUGUCGGGCCGAGCAUUACCCGCUCCCUGCGAUCACGUGGUUGGCCGAUGGAGUGCCCAUUGUGCCGCUUGAGGGGGCGCUCGAGGUCUCGCACACGACCGACGUGUUCCCCAGGGUGGCGUCGUCCCUGACUGUCAUUGAUUUCCACCGGGACAACGACAGUGUGACGUUUACCUGUCUGGCGCGGGCCGGGGUCGAGGUUGAGAUGGCCAAUAUAUCCACGGAGUACAAUUUCCAAGGUACGGUGUCUGUAUCAAGCGAUCCCGUUGUCUUCUACGGAAGUGACGUCAUUGUGACGUGUACAGCUUCCGGUGACGAUAUUUAUGUCAUGGACUGGGGUCACCGCGCAGCGUCCACGAGCGACCCUUUCGUCACUGUGCAGUCAAGUGGGCGAUUUCUCAUCGCAACGGUGGUGGAUAAUGCCACUAGCUGGCAUUCGACGCUGACGAUAAGCCAGUUUAUCCAGAGUGACGAGGCAGAGUACGCAUGCUUGGUGAACUCUGACACCGCGAGAGAUACCGCGGUGGUUUUAGGCAGGUCUGGUCUGUGGGAGAGUUGGUCAAACGCCACCUACGACGAGACGACCAAUUCCUACCUGUUGGAGUGUGCGGUGGGGUAUCCUACCAUUGAGCCGAACGUCAUUUGGGUUGUUCAUAACGGCGAUGGGGCGGUCCAGACAAACAACAAGUACCAGAUCCAGAACCGCCUCGUCAGCUCCUCUGGGAAUCUGACCAAAAUUUCCACGCUGACGGUUCAUCAUUACAGCUACAGCCAGGACGACGGAGCGUACCAAUGCUCGUUCACGUCGGCCGUACAGGAGCUCAACAUCACGGUAGAAGCUCAAUACGCAUACCGCGGAUCCAUCACUGCAAGCACAACGAAACCAAUCGACGGCCAGAGCGUCCACCUCAUUUGCAUCGCUGGUGACGUCGUCGACCGCGUCUACCACGCCGAUUGGCUGCGGGUUGUGGGCAACGACAGGAUAAAAAUAGAAAAUGAUGUCACUUACUCCGUCAGCGAGGACCGCAGCGGCGGGCAGUUCCGCCUGAAUUUAGACAUCAAUUCGUAUUCGCGGCAAGAGGACGGAGACUACGUGUGCUCAAUAAACAACGGCACGGAAGAGGCUACGGUAUUCCUGAGUAAUUCGCUAGGUAGGUGGGAAAAUAAGAGUAAGUAUUAGGGAAUGUCUCCUAGGGUAAAAGGCCGGUGUCUCUCCGCCUAUUUCUCUUCCUCUUUCGCUGUCUGUCUUUCUUCUUCCAAUUUUGGUUUCUUUGCAGCAAAGAUUUGCAGGUUUGAUACAGUUUAGUGGAGACUUGGAAGGAUGGAUGAAACGGGACAAAGCCACAUGGUCAGCAACAUAAGGUGAGUUUUAUCUAAACAAUAAACUCGAAAAUGAAAUGACAAACCUGAUAAUCUCUCCUUUAGCAAAGGAUAAGGUUUUCUCCACUUAGCUAGCUCGCCGUGUGACGUCACGAGGGCCGGCUACAGCGCCAUCAAGAGGCUUGGUGAAGUCUUGCUGAAACUUCCGGGAAUACUAACGUCAUUUCUCGCGUCCAGGGACCAACUAACCACUCA